CGGAACAUCCUGCGAACACGUCCGAGACUCGGAGCAGAACCGCACGCGGGCGCGCUCCUCCAUCACCUCCUUCCACGCCACCCGUGUCGGGAUGAACUCCCCAGCUGAAGCCGUGUAGGUAAGGUGCGUGACCCACUCUGCAGGCCGCUGUGCCCCUGCGUGGACGCGCGGCAGUGAGUGGGACAUCCGGAAUGAGGAAUCCGUAGGAGGAGGAGACGACGCUCGCCAGUUUGGAAGUUAGAGCGCAGGAGAUGGACUUCAAGAAGACGAAAUUCGGAAGAUUCAUGAACUGCAGGGUUCCAGCCAGUAAGAGGUACCAGCCGACUGAAUAUGAGCACGCUGCAAACUGCGCCACGCACGGGUUGUGGAUCCUUCCCAGCCUGAUGGGUGGAUCUGUCCUCUACUUUCUCUCUGCGGACCAAUGGCAUCGAAUCAGUGCCUGGCUCUACGGCAUUGGCCUUACCGGCCUUUUUGUCACUUCAACUCUCUUCCACACAGCUGCCUGGAAGAUCAGUCACCUUCGGAAGGUGGAGCAGCGCUUUCACAUGUGUGACAGAAUGGCCAUCUACUUCUUUAUUGCAGCUUCCUACUCUCCCUGGUUGAUGCUGAGAGAGCUGGGGCCGUGGACGUGUCACAUGCGCUGGCUGAUCUGGGUCAUGGCUUUUGUGGGAUCCACAUAUGUCUUCUUUUUCCACGAGAGGUACAAGCUGGUAGAGCUGCUGGGAUACGUGGCCAUGGGGACUGUUCCUGCUUUGGUUAUUCUCUCCAUGGUGGAGCGGGCAGGUGUGUGUGAGCUGGCAGUGGGAGGAGUCUUCUACGUGGUUGGUGUCGUCUUCUUCAAGAGCGACGGCCUCAUCCCCUUCGCCCAUGCCAUCUGGCACCUUUUCGUGGCGGCCGGCGCAGCCGUUCAUUAUUACGCCAUCUGGAGGUACCUGUACUCACCUGGGCCGCUGCUGCAGACGUCCAGGUGACCUCCAGCUUUCAACCAACUGCCUGAACUGCCAGCUGUAAUGCAUCUUUCAACAUCAAACAGACUGAAGGGCAUUUUGGUUUUGACGACUAACACAGGGGGAUUCACAUUAGGGUUUAUGCUGGUGACGUUUAACCUCAAGAGCACUAAGACUCACUUUAAUUCAACUUUGUAUGACAAAAACACUCAGAUAACAACUGAUAUUUGCAGGCUGGUUUAGUGGAAAGUAUAUAUUUACUGAAAAUAUUGCUAAGAUUAGCUUUCAUGUACAGUCGGUCCAGAUUUAGCAUCUUAGAGAGGCACUGGACAAAUGAAGAGACAAAAAUUGAUAUUUCCACCUGGAUCUUUGGUCCAAAGACAGGUAGAUCUUAAUAAACAGGGCUUUCAAAGCCUAUACUUCAAUAAUUCAGUUCAAAAUAUGAAUAUAAAGACAAACUGGUCCUUUAUAAGAGUAACUUUUAUCUGAUUUGAAUAUUAUCAGAGGCAAAGCCAGAACAUUUUAUAUGGGACUUUAGAAGGGUGGCAAAUGAGAAGAGCACAGUGGAAGGCCAUUAUAAACAAAAGGAUUAAUAAUACCUUUUUCAAAGUUUUUAUUAUUACUUUUAUUUAAUAUUAAAACAACUGUUGUUUUAGCUAAGGUGCUAUUACUAUUGCUUGAAGAAACUUGUAUUGAUGAUUUCUAAAUCUUUGUCAAAAAUGACAUUGAUAUCGACUCAAAAAUUGAGAGAUAAAUGAGGCUGCAAAGCUUUUUUGGCUCCGUCCCUGAAUAUUAUUAAAGGUGGUAAAAGUACAAAACUCAAAACAUUAGAUGACCUAUGAUUAUGGUCCGUGGACUCUUUCCAUGAAUGUGCAGCUCUGAGGAUUGCAUCCUCACAGAUUAUCUGCGUUUUUUCCCUCCUUUUAACAAUAAUCAUGACGAACUGCUGUCUUCCUCAGGAUUAAGAGAAAACAUUCCCAGGUGUUUUUUAGUAUGAUGUUAAGAAUAAUCCCUCUGAAAUUCAUAAUUUCAGAAAAUGUUUUGUUCUUGAGAAACAUAAUCUGAAUAAAAAAAUAUAAAUAUAUUACUGAUAUAUAAAGUAGUUUUGUUAAAAUAAGUUUCUGAAACAAAUCGACCUAUGCUCUAAUGCAUUUAGCUGCAUGUGGAAAACAAACUUCUUACAAUACAAAUACGGAGUCAACAGCAUUAUUUACAGCAUUAUUUUCCUGGUGUUACCAUAAGUGCCUGUACCUUUUUGAACUGUUAUAUUUUGCUGCUAGAAUUAGCUCGAGUCCUGCUGUGCUCAAAGAUAACAAGAAAAAAUGAGCAGGAACUCAGCAGCUGACCUGUGACAUCAGCACGUCACUUUCUGUUGUGUCAAAAACAUCAUCUUUGGGUUUCUUCAAAAAUGACAAAUCAUUACUGUUUUUUUCCGGAAUUUUGCGCCAAUUCUCACCGCACAGACUUUGUGUUUCAUUUCUUAUGAAAAUAUUCAAAGGACAAAAGCCUGAGCUGUAAUCUGAGUUCACAGCCAGGACUGCUUUAUCUGAGCAACGCACCAAUUUGAAGUAACCGUUGGAAGACGGUGGCGGUUUAUGGAGUAAGUCUGUUUUGUUGGUCACAACAUCGUGUACUACGAUAUCUGUAAAGUCUAACAUCACCAGGUAACCCAUAUAGAAAAGACCAGGGAUCUGCAACCGGAGGCUCUGAGCCACAUGUGGCUUCUUUAUCUCCCACUUUGAAGAAAAAUGAGCGAAGGUUGAAUCCAUCUUCAGAAUGUUUUUAUUGGUAUAAUCUUAAGGCAUAUUCUGGUUUUCUGCUGUGCAAUAGUGUCUAGUUGCUGUUCAGAGGCAAAGUUCCUAAAGUAUAGAAUUUCAUUUCCAUUUCCAUAUAUCUAUAUAUCUAUAUAUAUCUAUAUAAAUCUUUAUAUAUCUUUAUAUAAUGUAAAGGAAUUUGAACUUGGUAUUUAUAGAAAAAUACAACACUGUUAUUAUUUAACUAUUGUAAAUAUUUAAAAGCUAUGAUUCAUAAAAAAAAACGUCAUAAAGGCCACAAAAACAUAAUUAAUGUUUCUAAACAGGAAAGUGGAAUUUUGCGGCUCUUUCUAGGUUCUGGUCUGUAAGAAACCGACCCAAAUGGCUCAUUUAACGUUAAAGGUUGCAGACCCCUGGGAAAGACCAAACGGUUAACUUUCAACAAGAACUGAAGGAUGAGUUCUGUGGACUCAGGUAACUCAUGCAUUCUUAACCAAGAGCACUUCAACAACAACCUGGAGUUUCAGCAAAACCUUCAGGAGAAAUGCAGAUUCUAUGUGAACAUAUUUGAAACUGAGAAAAGCUCUGAAUUAAUCAAAUCUGCUGCAGAAAGAUCGAGCACUAACUCAGGAUGUGAAUGUUUGUAAUCAUUUCUUAUUAAAACAUCUAUUUUGUAAAAUGAUUUAUUUCUGUGAAAUGAAUUCAAUAAAAAGAAACUUUAUUAUGAAAUGUUUGUGUUUUAUCUGAAAUCUAUUUACAGGAAGAA